AUGGUGAAUGUAGGAACCAUUGAUCAUUUGGUUGAAUUCCUGAAAACGAUCGACCCCAACUCCAACGUACUGAGAAAAAUUCAAUGCGAUUGAACAAAAACUACUGCAAUAUACAAAAUGUCAUCAGAAGAUAGGUACAGCAGGGAAGAAAUUAUUGGAAUUGCUCAAACUACUCCAUUUUCAUUGAUUAUUGAUGGUUCCACUGAUCGUACGAAAAUAAAACAUCUUGCUGUUAUAAUGAGAUUUGAAAAAAAUUUCGAACCUGUGGAUGCAUUUCUAGGAUUAUUACCAAUCGAAAGUGCAACAGCUAAUGGUAUUUUCAAUGCAGUCAAAAAAUUUAUGAACGAUAAUGGGAUACCAUAUCAUCAAAAUAUGAUAGGUUUUGCAUCGGAUGGCGAAAAUACUAUGUUUGGCUGUAACAAUUCUGUAUCAACGAAAUUCAAAGCAGAAAUUCCAAAUUUAUUUACCAUGAAGUGUAUUUGCCACUCGCUCUCACUUGCUGUAAGUGCUGCUUCAAAGCAACUCCCAGACUCCGUGGAAUCGCUAAUCAGCAACAUUUAUAACUACAUGAAGGGUAGUUCCAAACGUCAACUUAAUUUUGAACUUCAACAAAAAAUUCUCAAAAUAAAACCUCUUAAAAUCCUGAAGUUAUGUCCUACUCACUGGCUGUCAUUAGAAGAUGUGUAG